AUGGCGGAAAAAGAGAGUGAGAAUUUGGAAAAUAAGUUCUUUAGUAAUGUAGUUCCUGGACGAGUAAAGAAAAUAUUGUGUCAACCGUGUUCAAGUAAGAAUACACAAACUGUAGCUGAGGUGUUUUGUUCAACAUGUGACGAGUUUCAGUGUACAGAAUGUUCAAACUUGCAUACAACGCACGCGUUCUUGAGAAAUCACAAGCUAGUGAAUGCGAAAGAGGUGAAAACGAAACCAGGUUCCAUUGAUAUGAAGGGAUUAGAUCAAUGUGAUGAGCAUCAAAAAGUUUUAGAAUUCUUUUGCGAGGGUGAGAAUCAGCUUUGCUGCAGUACAUGUGCUAUUGUGGUUCACCGAAAAUGUCAUAGUGUCGUAGAGAUUCAGAGGAUUGCCGGAAGGUCUGCAUCGACACGUUCCGAGUUAAAAGUCAAGUUGCAGGAAGCAAGAGAGAAAGCUGUAACUGUCGUUAAAUAUACCAAGUUGUCAAAAGAGCAACUGGAUCAAGAUGUUAAAGAAGUUACUUUAAAAAUUAGACGAGUGCGUGAUGAUGUUAUGAAAAUGUUUGACGAGUUGGAAGUUUCCGUUUCUAAGGACGCUGAAUCAUUUAAGACAGAAACACUCGAUAAAUUGACAAGGAAGCAGUCAAACAGUGAGAAACAUAUUGCUGAUGCAACAAAAUCACUUGAAACAAUUGAUAACGUUCAUCAGAACGGGACGUCAUCACAACAGUUUAUACUGGAACAGAGAAUGAAGAAACAGGUGGAUGAACUUAGCAGCAACGUUGACAAGGAAUAUCAAAGGUUAGAGACCGUGACCGUUUCGUUUGAUUUUGAUGAAACAUUGAAAUUGCCCCCACUUUCGAUUGUUAAUUACGUUCCUGGACAACUGACAUUAAAAUACUCCGUACCAGAAGCUGUGAAACCUAAAACACCUGUAGAUCCGAUUGUUAAAUUUACGAAGAUUACUUCCAUUGAUCUGAAGCAGACUGGAGAUGAUACCAAGGAACCGUUAUACUCAGGACUGGAUUUCCUGCCGGAUGGUAGACUGAUUGCCGUAGAUAAUAAAAACGGGAAAUGUUUGAUUUACAAUGAGAAGCUUAAGACAGUAGGAUCAUAUCAGUUAUCGUAUAUGCCACAGAGUGUUGUUGCUGUGUCUGAGGAGGAAGCGGCGAUAACAAGUGCUAAUAAAUACAAGAUAGACUUUCUACGUGUCAGUAAAUCUAACGAGAUAACUUUGAUCAGGACAUGUGAAGUUAAGACAGAGUAUGACUCUAUAUGUCUGAAAGAUGAGAGACACUUUGUUGCUGGAACUCAAGAUGAUACAAGACCAGUUCAUAUUGUAUCUCUGUCAGGAGAAGAGAAAGAUUUCAGUAUCAGCUUUCCGAAUAAAAAAUAUCCUAGUGACACUAGUGCUUGUACAUAUAUUGGAUACAGUGACAAAGUGGUUCUCACCGAUAGGAUCGAGCAUACUGUCUACAUAUAUGACAUCAAGAGCAACACCAGGGUUGUUGUCAAGGACGACCAGAUCAACGAACCAUGGGGUGUAGCAGUAGGUCCAUCCGACUGUAUCCUGGUUUGUAGUAAUAAAACACAUACCAUUGUACAGAUCUCUCAAACAGGUCGGGUCCUAUCAUCGUACAAGUUAGAUAUGAAACACCCCUAUAGAGUCUGUGUUUCGAAGAACAAAUCACUUCUUGCUGUCUCAAGUAACCUGAAUGGUGGAACAAAGUUGCAGCUGUUACAAGUAACAUACUAA